ACGCGUCAACAGGGUUAGACCGGGGGUAGGGUGGGGGUUUGGGUAAACAGCCCGUAGACAGCUCCUUCCUGCUAAAGCCACUAAACGGGUUUUACGUAAAACCCGUUUAGUAGAAUUGAUUAAUUGGCCAUAAUUGGCCAUAACUUACGUUUUCGCAGCCUAGGAAGCGCUUCGACGGUCGAUCCUCGUCCACGACAUACCCGUCGCCCACGCGGACGGCGGUGGCUACGUCGGGCAGCCGGUUGUCACAUUUUCGACAUGGUCGCGUCGACGGCGUCGUCGUCCAAGGGAUGAAGUCCCGAUGUACUUUCCACCACGGCUUGUCAGGAAGUCGGUAGGGACCCGCGGUACCCGUGGUAGCUCGGCGCGCGCCGGCGGCCGCCGUAGCGGCGCGUAAUCUAGUCGACGAGCAUGGUGGCCAGUAUUUUAAGGCUGCGGAUGCGGCGCGGAUCAAAAAUAAUGUCGUCCGCGGGCUCGGGGCAGCCUGUGGACGUCGUGCGGACCUCCUGCGGGCAAUACCUAGCGAGGACGACCACGUAUUCUCCAAAACCCCGGGAGAGACCACGAAAACCCCGGGAGACACUCUAGCCUUGUGCCGCGGCGCCGCGAGCUCGCGCGACGCUGCUGCCUACGCAUUUAUCCGACAGCGAGCGAUUCGUUAUCUGCUCUGCGCUGCGCCAAGGCUAAAGGGCCAGCUCAAAGCGCGCCGCUAGUGCACCUGACAAAAGAGCUCCCUUGAGCGCACGCGCCUCGCCACCCGAACGCGCCGUCGAGGCGCCGCGGCUACCAAGUGCUCGCCGAGCAGCAACGCACGUCGCUCGACGACACAACCACCAUGAUCGCCUUCGAGGACACCGUCGUCGAUAGGGAAUCGGAGCUCGACUGGGAGACGUUGGUGACGUCGACGACAGCCGUUGCGAACGAGCCCGCGCCCGUCCCGGGGGCCGUCUCGAGCGGCGUGCCCAUCGUCAACGCUAUUGGGAGGGGCACGGCGGCCGUCGGCGGCGCGGCGUGGCAGUCGCAAGUGACGUUCGGCACGCAACAAAGGCCCGUAGAUCCAAGAGCUCCAGUCGUGCAAGACGGGCGCGAAGGCAAGUUGUUCCUGGGGGGCAUCACGUGGGCUACCGAUGAAGAUGCUAUUAGGGAGUACUUUGGUAGAUUUGGCGAAGUCACUGAUGCCGCGGUCAUGCGCAAUAAAACUACGGGAGUGUCGCGGGGUUUCGGCUUCGUUACUUUUAGGGAUGCGGCGACGGCCGACAGUGUGGUCGCGGGCAUCCACACGAUUGAUGGCAGAAGGGUAGAUAUCAAACCAGCAGUGCCCCAGGGCAACGCGCCGCCGCCCUUGGUAAAUACGGCGGACGGCGCGAUUGAUGGGAGAGGCCCACCAACACUACCGAACCAGCCCCUGCCUCUACCCGUCGGUGGAGCACCCAAGGCGCCGGGCGCCGAGUAUGGUGGGGGAGGUAGGGUCUCGCGGAAGUUCUUCGUCGGCGGCCUGCCCUCGUCUUUGGGGGAUGCGGACUUCCGCGCGCAUUUUGAAAGAUUCGGUCCUGUCAGUGACGCGGUCGUCAUGGUCGACCGGUCGACCCAACGAUCUAGAGGUUUUGGCUUCGUGACGUUCGUGGAGGAAUCGAGCGCCAGGGCGUGCGCGGCCACGAGGCAUGAAUUACAUGGCAAGUUCGUCGACUGCAAACAAGCGCAGCCGGGCCCGAACGAGGGCGGCGCGCAGCCGCCUCCUCUCCCAUCCGUGCCGCCCGCCGGUGGUGGAUUAGGUGGCCACUACGGGCCGCCCGCGGGCGGCGGGUUCGGGGCGCCGGCAUUCCGGCCGUUCUAGUCUUUUGAGAGCGCGUUUAAGAUAGUCUUUAGGA